UUGUGGUCAAAUGAGUGUGAUUUAAUGAACGACAUUCGAGUCGAGACUGACUGCGAAACUAAGUACACACAAUGGUCUAGAAGGGGAGAACGCAACUACAAGAGGUCGUGCGAUCAUGAAACAACAAAGCCGUACCGACAUAUUCGCGCCUGGACGGACUGUGUAGAGUUCGAGGCGUUGCUGACGUUGGUAGGAGGAGGUGUCGACGUAAGACAACCCAUGAUGGCAAUUUGUGGCCGACCAAGUACUGUCAUGGAGCACUCUCGGUCGCCUUUGAUGGCUUUAUGGUCUCAGGGAUCACCCUUGGCAGUUGGUUGGCAAGAAUGUAAUGAUGAGCCGCGGGUAAGUGCGGACGGGGUUUGGCUUCCAAUGAUUUCGUGGGCAGAAAUUCUGAUCCACUCCAAAGGUUGUCCCCAGAGUUCUUUGCAUCAGAAGCGUGCACCAAACGUGGUUCCCGCAGGUGGAAGACCCAGUUCCAAUCGAAGGGCACAGCUACUGGUGGAUGGUGAGCAGAUGCAGAACCGAUCCGUAAAGGAUUGCACUCGCUGCUUCGGGAGCAACGAGAAGUUAAAGCUGACGUCUAGGCCGGGAAGGUUGUACGCUUCCGGUCUCUCCUAUACGGCCAGUGCGGCUCACAAUGGUUCGAGCCCUGGGGACCCGGGGGUUGGGGGCACACCGAAGUGGUCGUGCACAAGACGAGAUGUCCUGGAGGCAAGAGUGCAGCCUGGCUGCAGGUCCAUGGCCCGUUUGUGCGGCGUUGUUGUCGCUCGAGGCAUGGGUCGCGACAGCGCGAAUUGAGUUUUGCUGGUACCGUCUCGAGGAUCAAUCAAAACCACCUCCAAUUUGGCUGGCAAACGCGGUGCUAACGCUCUUCUCGUCAUCGUCGUAUCUGCGGCCGUAUCCGCCGUUGGAGUAGCCGGUGCGGCCACUAUUCUCGACAUACUGCUUCAAACGAUCGCUCUGGGUGUACGAGGUAGGUCGGGACCGGAGAGCGUCUUGCAGCCCAGCACCGAGGCUGGCGCCGCCCUGUCCCACACCCUUGGCACCGAUGACACUGGACGUGCCAUCAGUGUAUUCGGAAGUUGCCACGCUCUCGCCAGCAAUGCUCUCUGCCCCUCUCGCACGCCCUUUCCCGCUUGCACGACCGCCAGAGCUAGGAUUGAACCCAGGCAGGCCCGGCCAAUUCUCAGCGCCGAAGCUGGAGAACAUGGGUGGGAAAACAGUGUUGCCAAGCCCUGCACC